ACGAUUUAGGAAUAUUACCAGUUUUGCGCUGUAAAUACUUCGUAAAAUUGUGCAAAAUUCGGUAAAUCUGCCGUCGCCCCGUGCCGCAGUGGAAAGCAAAUUACGUUUUUCCGUUCCGUGCGUUUUGUUUUUCUUAAGUUUUUCCCGGGGAUUAGCGCAGAGGUGCAGUGCAAUUGGCAAGUUCGUGUUUUGCUCCUUUGUGACCCCGUUUCUAUUGUUUUGCUGCGCGCUCGGUUAUUGACCGUGGUGUGUUCACAUAUCCGUCUUAAUUUUUCGCUCCCGUUUCGGGUUGUCGGUGACCGUGCGUGCGUGUGCCAUUCGGUAUCGAUUGGUCGAAUCGUGAUUUUUGACCUUUGGUGACAACAAAUAAUAAUAGUUCUAUGCUAUAGGAGGAGUGUUGGUUGACCUGCAGAAGCCAGCAAAAUACCGCUAGUAUACUGUGCCUGCUGGUGGUGUAUCGGGAAAGCGGGGCAGCUUCCUAUGCAAAUUGACUGAACAGGAUACACUGUGUGUGGGGAAAUUGCUUGAGUAGAGCCAGCAAACAUGUUUAGUGCGGCCGACUCGUUUGGAUAUCUGUUCAAGAAGAAUGAUCCGAUCCAUUCGCUGAACAAUUUCGCUACGUCCUCGCAGGUUGUCGAACGAGAAAACUACCCGCGCGUCCUGGAACAUAUCAUCCACACGCAGCCGUACGUGCUAAGCCGAGAUUACAAGGAGAUCCUGAACACCCUAGACAUCGUAUCCAGCGAUUCAGAAAUCUCGGUACGAUCCAGUCUAUCAUCAUGGCUGCAGCGGCUCUGCGUGAGUUGUCUCGAUCGGGAACAGAGCGUGAACAGCGAGUUCGGCCGGUGUGUGCUGGAAAAGGUGCUGAACAUCACCAUCCGCUACCUCACAGAUGAACCAGGGGUUCGCUGCGGUGCCUUCGAAACGCUCAGCUACCUGAUCGAGAAGGGCUUCCUGGACAAGGCCACCACGGAGGAAACGGUCUGCCCGGUGGUGGAAAAGCUCAGCCGCAAACCGCUGGACACGUUCGACGAGGAACUGUACGCGAUCUUCAUACACCUGAUGGUAAAGAUUGUCCCGAUCGUGGGUUAUGCCAAAACGUACGAACUGGUGUACGAGCGGUUCCUCGAGCUGUGUCGCUGCAAGGAGCAUUUCGUCCGACGAGAGUGUGCCACUGCCUUUCCGGUAAUGUGCGAAGUGCUCGGCGAUGAGCUGUUCGAAAAGAGUAUGUUGCCAAUUUUCAUGAAACUGUGCGACGAUGAGAUAUGGACCGUGCGCAAAGCUUGCGCCGAAGUACUACCGAUCGUUGCUUUGCUCUGCACGCUGGAUAAACGUCGCAAGGUGCUGGUUCCGGCGAUGAAAAAGUUUAUGUUUGAUCCCAGUCAGUGGGUCAUCGUAGCAGCUUUAAAGAAUUUAGGCCAAUUCCUGACAACUUUCACCCAACUGCGAGUGCUUGGGCUCGCCUACAACAGUAACCUAGAGCUAAUGGUGACGAAUGCCGCCGAUCAUCAGAGCUUCCAGCAGUUGGACAUGCGUCGCGUUACCUACGGAAACCAGCCGUCAGCGGAUGUGCUGCUGAAAAACUUCGAGUGCUACGAGAAGCGCUUUCGGGACUCCAUUCAGCGCUACGCUUUGCUGUCGCUGGUCAAAUCUAACGAGGAGCCUUGGAAAGCCCGCGGCGACGAAAUGAUCAACGUCGAAGUGUACUUGUACUCGAUAGUGUACGCCGUCCGUUCUUCCGAUAUGCUAUCCACUGGGUCCAAUUCGGACGAUGGAGGUAUUUCGAAAAUUUCCGACUUUUCCUACAAGUACUACGUGAGGAAGUCGCUGUCGUCCAGCUCGCUUUGUGGUCCUCCGCCGGUUCAGCUGCACCGUGGUGGGAGAAAUUACGACGAAAAGAAUCCUUUAAAUCGCUUUCUACGCUACUGCUGGCCGCUGAAGAACAAUUUCUCCGAUGCAUUUGCCAAACAAGGUAGCACCGGAAACGGUCGUGACAGCGAGUCCGAUGACUAUCUCGGGGGUUGGGCUCCGGACGAGGACAGCUACUCGAUGCUAGCCAUGCAGAUAAAAAUUAAUUUAGGUGGCAGCGACGACGGUGAUGGAGGAGGAACCGCUAGGUUUGACGAACCAAAUAGCACCAUUAAUAGUAACGCUAACAAUAACCAACGUGUGCCUGAAACGGAGGAGAAAAAACCGGAGAAAAGAGCUUCCGAGCAGAAUUUACACUUCGGCGAACACCCAUCCGAGGACGAGUCCGUUGAUCAAAGCUUUAAUUCGCACCAAUUUUGGUACAUCAGUCCGGAACUGCCACUCGAUCUCGACUUUAUCGAUGCGGAUACGCUCGGCAAAGACGGUGAUAGCAAUAAGAAUUCCGAUAUCAGCAAUAACAAUGCAAUCAGUGCCUCCAUGCCGAUUGCUUCCUCUACCUUCGUGGCUCCCAUUGCCAAAACUGAAUUGGAGUGCCAGGAGGAUAAUAAAAAUAAUAAUUCCAAAGUGGCCUCGGAAGCGCAAGAGACGAGUACCAUGUCCACAACGGACGAAGUCACACCCGAAAACGAUCCUGCCAACGAUAGCGAUUCGUCCUACGGUAGCAUUAAUAAUUCAGAGUCUGAAAAACCGGACACCGACGUCGAACGUUACUGUUCCGAUCUGAAACAGCAGCAGCAACAGCAGCAUCAGCACCAAAAGUUCAGCGCCGGAAGUGUCGGAUCGUUCCAUCAACAUUUGGAUGCCGUCAGUGUCGGUAUAGGUGCUCUUGCCAUUGGCAAGGAAAGUGACCGUCUCAAGGAUUUAAUCAAGUGGCAAAACGAAGAGGUGGAAUGGAACCUGCUGGAAGAUUUUGUCCACAUGAAGAACAUUAACAAGGAGCUCUGCUACGAUUGUGCAUUUAAUUUUCCCGCUAUCGUGCUGACUUUUGGCGAAAAGUUUUGGCCCAUUUUGAGCAGCCACUUUUUCGCGCUGUGCAACGACAUUCAGAACACGGUCCGCCGGACGAUGGCUGCCUCCAUCAGUAAGGUCGCACUGAUUAUUGGUCGCGAACACGCGACCCGUGACUUGGUGGCUCCGUACACGGAAUUCCUGAUGGAUUCGGACGAGAUUAAAAUCGAGGUGGUCAAUACGUUGGCCGAAUUUUUGAAGGUUAUCGAUGGAAGUGAACACGAAACGCUGAUGGAUCAGCUAAGCCUUUGUCUGAAGCCACCGCUGAACAUGAUGAACUGGCGUUUCCGCGAGGCAAUCGCCCGCCAGCUGAUUGAGCUGGUGAAGAUCCACACGAAGAUUCGUAAGGAAAAUUGUUUGCUGUACCUGACGGGACUGGCGAUGCGCCUGAUGAUGGAUAAGUACGAUUUUGUGCGGAAAGCAGGAGUGGAUGCGUUCGUUGAGUGUACAACAGAGUUCCAGAAAAAUGGUGCGGUUUUCAAAUUUUUUACCGAACACUUUGCCAACAACGUGUUCUGGCGUCGUCGACAGACCUAUAUUAUUACGGCAGGCAAAAUGUUGGAGACUGGUAACAUCGAGGUCGAAACCUUCCGAAAAUAUGUGCUCAAUAAUGUGCUAGCCCUUGUGAAUGAUGCCGUUCCCAAUGUCAGAAUACAACUAGGCAAGUGCCUAAAAGACAUCAUCCUGCCACACGCAAGCUUUUCGCCGACCUGUCCGGAUGCCGAUGCCAUCGAGCAGGUGCUAGCCAAGCUGCGCUCCGAUCCGGACCGGGACGUUCGUGGCCACAUCGAUGGGUACCAAAAUACGGAGGAAGAUGAUUGCGUGGCGGUUGGUGCUCCGGAAAUGAUUGCCAUUACCGAUUCCAACUCGAGUUCGUCGACUUCUUCCACCUCAUCGCUGUCGUCUCCUCCACCGCCACCACAUGCCGUCGAUUUAUCGGCGGCUGCGGCAGCGGCAGCGACGGCAAGCCCAGAGGAACGUCAGCAUCAGCACCACCAGCAACUGCAACCACAGCAGCUGGAGUUUCCAGUCCUGAGCAACGAUACUUGGUACUUCGAUAUUAACCAGCAGCAGGAGUAUGAGUUUUAAUGAAUGGCAUCGCUCACAAUAUUACACACACACCUACUAGGAACGAAAGAACAAAAUCUGUCAACCACCUGAAAUUAUUAGCUCUUAGUUCACAGUUUUAGUUCCCUGCUAUUCAAUUCAAUUUAAAUUUGCAUUACCCAGCGCUCAAUUGUAUAGAACAAAAAAAACCUGUCUGGGUAAUUGUCUUUUAAUUCGAUUCAAAAGUGUUAAGAAAAGUAUUUCUUCUUUAUUUUUUUAAUUUUGUGUGUAGCUCAAUUAAGCCGAUCCAAUGUUUUUUUUACUCUGAAAGUACAAUUUUAAAGCGUGAGCGUGUUUUCUGAUACAUACUAAAAGCUUAUUACAUCAGACUGUUUAGAUUUUAUUUGCUCUAACAUAACACCAUAGCAUGGCAUCCGGUCAUGACAAACCGAGAGAGAGAUAUCGGGUUGUAGGGGUAGAGCAAUCUGUUUAGAAAUGUCUAGAAUGUUGAGUUCUUAUGUUCGAAAUAAACUAUCGACAACAACUAUUAGUAGCAGUAUGAUGGUAUCAACUGUUAGGUUCACACAAAACAAAAGUAAACAAACAAACAAACAAACAAAAAUCAAGCGAUGCAAUUCAAAAGACUUUACCUAGGCAAUGUGAAAGCUAAAUGAAUAUAUA